AUAUAUAUAUAUAGAUUCUGACCAUUUAUUUGUAUUUUUUUAAUGGAGAAAGUUCCUGCCACUGUUAUGCCAAAUAAAACCCAUUUAGCUAUAAUUUUUCUCCAUUAGAGUUUCUUGGUUUUUGACGUGUGAAAGUGAACAAAGCGUUUUUGUUGUCAAAAUUUUGUUUGUUUAUUUAUUUCGCUUGGAGUUGAAUUGACCGACUGCAGUAGGGGUGUAUGAGCAUGAUAAGUGAUUAAUUUAAGGAUUUGGGUUGAUCACAUUGUGUAUAGUCUCUGAUUUUGGUUUUAAAUUGGAGAAAAUGUUAUAUAUGGUUUCUCAUAUGUAUGCUUAUUGCCGUGGUUUUUGAUAAUUUUGGAGGAGGUGCGUUUGCUUUUUCUUAGUUAGCAGAGAUUAAUGGAUCGAGAGGAAAAGGGUGAUAGGAUAGAAAGUAGUAAUAAUUUCAGUCAACUUGGGGAAGGAGUUGAUGGAAAUUCAAAAAUUUUGGUUAAUGGAGUUGUGUCUGAGGUUGUUAUUGUGAAAAAUUCUGAAGAAAGUGCAGAUUUGAGAUUGCAAAAUGAUGGCUUUGGAUCGUGCAAGCAUCAGGAAAUGGAUUAUGGGAGAGGAAUUGGUCAGCCGUUGAGUCAGAAUGAUCUGGGAAGUACUGGGAAUUUGGGUACUUUAGUUGAUGGAAAUGUGCUUGAUAAUGAGGAAAGGGAUUUGGGAGAGAAAAACAAUGGAGUGGUAUCAAGAAUGGGGUUGGUUGAAGCAAGCCAGCUAUUGAUUAAUGAGGAGACAAACAAGAUGAGAGGAGUUGGUGAAACACUGGGUCAAGUUGAUCAAAGGAGUAGUGGGAUUUUGGAUAAUUCAGUUGAUGGAUUUGUGGUCGAGACCAUUACUGUGAUUAACACCCAAGAGGCAGCAUGUGUGGAUGGAAGUAAUGGGGUAUUAGAAGUGAAGGACAAUGGAUUGGUGGAAAGGCCAAAGACAAAGGUUGCUGAAGCAGAGAACUCAUGUGUGAUUGAUAUAAAGGGAAGUGGUGGUGGCAGAAGACAGUUUAACGAGAGUUGGGAUGGGGAAAGUGUUUGUAGAAUUUGCCAUUUGAAUUCAGAGCAAUCACUUGAAUCUACUGAUAGUACAUCAACUAAUCCAGCUGCCAUGGAUCUAAUUCAACUUGGUUGUGGGUGCAAAGAUGAGCUAGGAAUUGCACAUAGUCAUUGUGCUGAGGCAUGGUUUAAGCUGAAAGGAAACAGAAUGUGCGAAAUUUGUGGUCAAACUGCAAAAAAUAUCACCGGUGUUAGAGAUAACAGAUUUAUUGAAGAUUGGCAUGAUCAAGGAUCUACCAGUGGUGGUGUUAGCUCAUCAGCUCGAGGUGCAGGAUGUUGGUGUGGACAGCCAUUCUGUAACCUCCUGAUGGCAUGCCUGGUAAUAGCCUUUGUACUGCCAUGGUUCUUUCGUGUAAAUAUGUUUUAGCAAGGUGGUUCUUCCUGUGCAUCACCAUUUUUUGCCUGCCUGUCUGGUGGCUUCUCCUGUGGAAUUUGGGUGGAUAUGAAAUAACUUGUUAGUGGAGACUGUGGAGCUAUUUUAUGGGUUGUUUCUGGUUCUUAAUGUCCCACACAGACAUUCUCGAGGCUUCAACUUUUAGAAGUUAUCAUGGUGACAAAAUGAAUUCCAUGCCUCAAUUCUUUUACUAAACCAAUUUGAGUUUUCUGGUAUUGGCCUUUUGGCAUGUAUCUGUUAAAGCUUAGACAAGGAUGGCUUAAGCUUUAUAACUGGAAGAUGUUUCCAUUUUUAGUAUUAUCAUUUUCAUUAUUGCUUUUAAGAUCUAGAUUUAGCUUAUAUGCCAAUUUCAUUUUGGGAAUUCCCAUUGUAUACAUGAAUGUAAGUAAUCACAAAUAUAGUCAAGAGUGAUUUAUCUUAGGUUCUGUUUGUUUAAUAGAAAAUGACUUUUGAAAAAUUAUUUCCACAUUUUCAGCUUUU